AUGUUUGAGGAAAUCCUAAAGAUGUUGCACUUAUUGUUCCUAUGUUCUGUCUUCCUGUGUUUAGUUCCAGAAAACAGAGGACGAGUUCAGUGUGUCAGAGAAAAUGAAGACACUCACAGUAUCACUUUGACAGAUGUAACAGAAGCUGAUAAACACAUCUACUACUGCAGAUUCACUACAAACAGAGGAACAUGGACGGAGAUUCCUGGAGCUCAGCUGGAUGUCACCGACCUGCAGGUGGAGACACAGCAGAGUGUGAAAGAUGGAGAUCCAGUCACUCUGAGAUGUAAAAGCAGCUGCUCUCUGCCUCAACAAACAACAUUCAUCUGGUACAGAAACACUCAGAGAUUAACUACAGGAACCGUGAACGUGAAUCAGCUUCAGCUGCAGUCAGUCAGACGUGCUGAUGCAGGAAACUAUAGAUGUGCUGUUUCAGGAUAUGAACAUCUGAUCUCUCCACCUGUUUAUCUUAAAGUAGAAUAUGUUGAUGGUCAGCAGGAUUGGGGAGUGAAUUACAGCCCUUCAUAUGUUUGUGCAUUAAAGGGAUCAACAGUGAAAAUGUCCUGUGCUUUAAAAUAUCCUAGUGGUUAUGAGAUUGAAAAAGUCUUCUGGACCAAACCUCCUGUAACUGAUGGAGAUCUACCGAACCUGUGUUUAGUUCCAGAAAACAGAGGACGAGUUCAGUGUGUCAGAGAAAAUGAAGACACUCACAAUAUCACUUUGACAGAUGUAACAGAAGCUGAUAAACACAUCUACUACUGCAGCACUACAAACGUUGAGACUGGAAAAUGGAUGGGGAUUCCUGGAGCUCAGCUGGACGUCACAGACCUGCAGGUGGAGACACAGCAGAGUGUGAAAGAGAGAGAUUCAGUCACUCUGAGAUGUAAAAGCAGCUGCUCUCUGCCUGAACAAACAACAUUCAUCUGGUACAGAAACACUCAGAGAUUAACUACAGGAACCGUGAACGUGAAUCAGCUUCAGCUGCAGUCAGUCAGACGUGCUGAUGAAGGAAACUAUAGAUGUGCUGUUUCAGAAUAUGAACAUCUGAUCUCUCCACCUGUUUAUCUUAAAGUAGAAUAUCCUCCCAGGAGCGUCUCAGUGUCCAUAACUGGAUCUGCUGAAAUAGUGGAGGGAGAUUCAGUUACUCUGAGCUGCAGCAGUGAUGCAAACCCUCCUGCUCUGAACUUCAGCUGGUUUAAGGAGAAUCAAAGCUCAGCUGUUGGAUCUGGACAGAGUUUCAGCAUCUCCAGCUUUAACUCCAGUCACAGUGGAUGCUACUAUUGUGAGGCUCAGAAUCAACAUGGAUCUAAGAGAUCAGAGUCUGUUUCAGUCUCUGUUAAAGGGGUUCAGAGAGCUGCUCUGCAAACAGUUACUGGGAUUGUGGCGGGAUGUGGAGGACUGAUCUUCAUCAUCAUCAUCAUUGUGUUUAUAAGAUACGUGAUGUUUGAGGAAAUCCUAAAGAUGUUGCACUACUGGUUGCUGCCCCUUCCUGUCUACCCCUAUGAAAACAUCCUGGCUCCACAACUGCCUAAGAGGGCAAAGUGA